UCGCAUAACACAGUCCUGCUUUAGACGUCGACCCGUUUGGUGGUUGUAUUUAAAAUACAAUAGUGUUUUCUCUACACAGUGUGGUAUUUUUCCCGUACGUUCCAACAUAGUGUGAUUGACAGAAUACUGGUUAAAUACCAAAAAAAAUAGUACAUCAAAAAUAUAAACCGAGUAAGCUCCAGUGUUGUACGUGUUCGAUUCGUGUUCUACACUCCUAAGCUAAAUUUUAUAGUCUACAAAAUGUUGAUUGGAUUAGUGCGAGAUUCCGUGAUGCAGUGCUUCUGCCAUACGUGUCGAGCUCCUGUGUUGCCGGCAGUCAAUCGACGAUCAGCUCCAACAAAAAAACCAACUAAAACUCGAACCAAACAGCCAAAGGCGUCCAAGAAAGUAAAAUUCAUAACUACUGAGAUCCGUUGCCAGGAAAAGUCGAAAGGCGGCCUGUGCUAUGAAGUAAUCCUGGCAGAGCCAGCAGGUAAUGUGGCGUUGCCGAAACUUCCACCAACCCAGGGCAAGAAUGUGUCCGCGGAGGAGAUCGAAGAGAAGCUAAAGGCUGCGGAAGAACGCAGACUAUCUCUGGAGGCAAAGAAGAUGGCUGACUGGUCGGCAAAAAUGGCUAAAAUUGAAGAAGCUUCUCGCAAGAAAGAUGAGCUGGACAAAGAAUUCAAAACACAUGCCAAGGAGGUGCUGCACACCAAGAUGGAACAGUAUGAGGAAAAGCGAGAACAACAGCUAUCCGAAAUAAAGGAAAAACUAAAGACACACGCAGCCGAUAUUGAGAAGACGAGACAGAGUUUGGAGCAGCAAAAGGUGGAGGAGCUGCAAAAACAUCUCGAAGAUAAAUUGCGAAAUGCUGCCACGCUUCGUGAUGAUAACAUUAAGAAAAUUCUGGAUCGACUAAAGGAACACAACACCGAUAAGUUGAAUGAAGUCCGUGCAGCCUGCUACCAGACCGAAGCACAAAAGACCACCGAAAAGACGCGUGUCAUCGAAAACAAGCUGUCCACCGCCGAGCAAAAUCGUGAAAAGGAACUCCAGAAGAAAUUGGAAAACAUUCGCAAGCACGAACGACGUGCUGAGUUGGUUCGCCAGAAUAAGGCGGCUCUGGCUCAGAAGACGGAUGUUACGGCUUCGUCUGGUUAGACAAAAACAGCAGCGGCUUGAAUUAAUAUGAAAUAACAACACAUACACAGACACGCAUACACAAUACACACGAUAUGCUAACACUAACAAAGAAGCAAAUAUUGCAUAAUUUAAGUAUCGCAAGCACACGCAGAAAAAAGGUCGCAAAAAUAUCUUGUUUUUUUUAUUCGAGUUAUGUUUUAAUUAAUGAACCAAUACGAAUGUUUGUGAAAAUUGCUGGUAGAAUGAACCGUGUUUAAUUUACAAAUAUGAAUUCAAAAUGAAAUAAUCAAGCAAAUCCACUUGUGAUGCAGGGCAGGAAACCGUUGGAAAUCGCCAAUGACCUGUUAUAAAUCGUGAAAAAAUUAGCCAAUCGAGAACCAACUGAUCACGAUCAAUAACAUUAUCUAACACAGCAUAAAACAGAAGAAAAACAUGCACCUACUAAUCAACAACCAACUUGCGCAUUGAACCAGAUAGAUAGUUAGAUAACGAACAUCAACUUGAAAAUCUGAAACGGGUGGAGCUCAUGAAUCUGUAUUAAGAACCCAAGACCAUAAUGUUGUUUAAUUAAAAAAAUGUGUAGCUUUUUCGCGCAUAUUACAUUACUCAAGUGAAUGUUUGAAAUUGUGCAUACUGUCUUGUCAUCUGAAGAUAGAUACGAAAGCGCGGCAGCAUGAGCCUCAUGGUAAUAAACAUCUAUAUCAGAAGCGCAGCAGAAACAAAUUGCUCUAGUAAAAGUAAAUGAAAUGGGAUGAGUGAAAUGAUAAAGUAUGAUGUUAAGCUCAACAAGCCGACAAAAACGAUAAAAAGACUAACAGGAGUUUUACUUUGUACUGCCCUCGUAUGGUAAGUCCUUUCUAAAAGGCUCGAAAUGUAAAACUAUUUGAAUACAGAGAAGAAAUAAUGAACCGGUAUCAACAUCUUAGUUUAUCUCUGCCCAUGUCACAAAAGUUGUCACUAUAAGAAGCGCAAGUAACACAAAAGCACAGUCAAAAACAAAGAUUAAUAACAUACUAACAGAAAGUUAAAAUAGAGCUGAAAUCAAUGAAGCAAAAUAAACGCAACAUUAAAUGAAAAAAAUA